UGUCAUCUCAGUCGCUUAACUGCAUUGCAAUGAAAUAGUCGUCAUUUGUAGCGUCUAGUAUUUUCCUGAAUGUUCGCAAACUAUUUCGAUACUGAACGCGAGUGUUUUAGUGUUUUUGAAAUAUUUUUUAUUGCGUUAAAUAUUUACAAUACCUCAAGUUUAUACGAAAAAAUUAUGAAAAUAAGUUGAUGAGCUGGAAUUAUAAACAACUGAAACGACAAUUGAGAACCACUUAAUCAUUGAUGAUUUUGAGCUGAACAAAAACUACAACAACGACAACAACAAAAACACUAGAAGUGAACAUAUAACUUUGAUCUGCAACGCUCUCCUGUUCAAGUCAUUAACAAAAUCUUACUGAGUGAACGAUUGAUGCUUGAAAGAUUGCUGACAUUCUGGUAGUGUAUCUCACAGAGCGAUCGGAGCGUGUGUAUUGAGACAAUUUUUCCAGUUGUUUUUGGAGCGAAGAGUGUAUAAUUUUCUUGUUGGUAGAGAGAGAGUGCAAAAAAACAUCUCUCUAUCUACUAUCUUUGUUUAUGUUGAUAUCGCGCUCGCGACGCCAACAAACAUGUUUACAUCGCUCAGAAUUCGUUUGUCGUUGAGUUUGUGGAUUUUCGCGCUUAUUUUUAUUUAUACCUCUACGUAUAUAGCUCACGCUUUACCGGCAACAGCUAUUGGUGGAAGUGAUAAAAUUGGCAAUGCAUGUGAUGUUAAGGAAGGAGUCGUCGGUAAAUGUGCAAUAGAACGAAACUGUCCAGAUCUUCGGUUGCAAAUGCAAAAUCUUGGGCUGACAAAAGUCGAUGUGAAAAGUUGUGGUUUCACAACCUACGAAGAGAUCAUCUGUUGUCCCUUACCAAAUUUUACCAGCGCUUUGGGAAUUUUCAAUACCAGAAACGAAUAUUUAGAUAGUGAUAUAAAUGUGAAUGGGACCAAGGCGACACGUGGCAACUUCGAUGGUGGGCAGGAACGGAAAGCUAAAAGAGCUUGUAGUCUUCUCGACAAAUACGCUGAGCCCUUUACAGUGCCGCACAUACUUGGCGGCUCACCGGUUUCGCCAGGCGAAUAUCCACAUAUGGCUGCUAUCGGCUAUGCGACAAUUAAUCUACAGGGUUCUCCUUAUGAGUUUCGUUGCGGUGGCGCCCUAAUCGACAGACGGUUCGUACUUACCGCAGCACAUUGUAUUAAUCGACCCGACAGUCGACCGAUUGUAGUGCGUUUGGGUGUUACAGAUUUCAAUAGCGCCGACCAGAUGAAAAAUGUCGUUGAUGUGCCAAUUGCGAAUCUCUAUCCCCACAAGAAUUACCGUUCGCUGGAGAAGUAUGAUGAUAUUGCCAUAAUAGAGCUGCAACGUGACGUUGAGUACUCUUCUCUAGUAUUUCCCAUUUGUCUGCAUACGGAUUCGGUUGAUCCGCCGUCGAACGCGGUGCUCAACGUCACAGGGUGGGGAGCAACUAGCGUAGAAACUCGUAAGAAAUCCGAUGUACUACUAACGGCUAGCGUAAAAAUUGUUCCAUUGAAAAAUUGUAGUGACACUUAUCAACGCAACAGUUUCCUGCCUACUCAGGGCUUACUGCCCACACAACUGUGUGCCCGAGAUCCGAAUGUCGUUGGCGAUGCCUGUUGGGGUGAUUCUGGCGGACCACUUAAUCUCAUCGUAGACGAACGUUUGCGGAAAAUGCAGGUUAUUGGCAUAGUCUCGGCUGGCGACGGCUGUGCUGGUCCUACCCCAAGCUUGUAUACGCGGGUAUCGGAGUAUUUGGACUUCAUUGAGGAAAUCGUGUGGAAGGAUUUAUGAAAUUACGUAUUUUUCAAAGAAUAAGUUUUUUUAUUUUCAAAUUA